GUAUAAUUAUAAUCGAGAAGAUGAGGAGAUCUACAAGGAGUUUCUCGAAAUUGCUCAUGAAUUAAUACCAAAUAUGUUGAAAACAGCCAGUCUAUCCAAAUGUUUGCAAGAAAAGACAAUAUUAUGCGAUCCACAGUGUUUUGCAUAUGUUUUACAAUUCUAUGAUGGUAUAUGUCAAUGGGAAGAAGGCAGCUGUACACCUGUGCUUCAUAUUGGAUGGGCCAAACAUUUCAUCACCUGUAUUGCCAAAUUCUCUCCCCGUGUCCGAGAAUAUCUUCAUAUAAAAACCAAUGAUGAAGAAACCAUGGAUAUGGAAGACAAAAGUGAAUGUACAACUAAUGGAGAUGGUAACAAAGACCAGUCUACAGAAAAAGGUUUGGCUCAAGAUGUGAAGGCAAGUCGCAAAGAUGAUAAGAAAGAGGAAAGUAACAUAGCAGCCAUAGCAGGAUCUGACUGUGAGGUUCCAUCUGAGUUAUUAGACACCGUCACCACUACCACUGCCACUCCCUUCACCACAACAAGUACAUGGGAUGCCAAAACGGAUUUUUAUGAUUUCUUGAGCUCUCAAUCGAAUGGUAGUGCAUUUCCUGGAAUGACAAUGGAAUCCGUUAUGAAAGCAGAAAGUCCUGCUGAGAUGGUCCUUCAUCGGCAGAGUAGAUCUGGUCCACAUAGUGUAGCAUCAGAUGAGGGUGGUGUGACAUGUCGUGAUGCUCUGCCUGUUAUGAUACCAACCAACAUCACUUUCACCAGUGCCAAAAUGAAAGGUUUAAAAGACUUGUUGACGUCCCAUGGCAAAGUGAAUACCAGUGCUAUUCAGCUACAAUUAACUGCACAGUCACAGACCACAGUUGUGAAAAGAAGUCGGUCAGCUACUGAAUAUGAUUAUGUCAGUCAGCGCAGACGACCACGAAGAGAAUAA